AGCUCCCGCGCAUGCAGUGUCUGCAUUCACAGUAGUGAUUUAGCCAGGCCUGCCGUGAAGAUGUUGAAGGGCUGAAAUGGACAGCUGAAAGGACGGGGCAAGGACAUCCAGUCAGAACCAACAUGAGGAACAAACUAUGGCUCAAGAGUAUUUCCUUCUUCCUUUUAUUCCAGUACACUAUGUGUUGUGAAAACCUCACUUGUUUUGUGGACUAUGUACAGACCCUGUCCUGUAUCCUGAGAAAUGACCUGAGUGCCAAUUCAUAUAACGUUACUGCAACAUGGGUUCCUGAGGACAAUCCAGAAAACACUGUGGCUGCCUGCAAUCUCCUGCAAUUGUCCAGGAACACCAGCCACACACAGUAUAUGUGCACUGUGGACAUGACUGAACUCCUGGCAGAUGUCAAAGUCCAGGUGGAUGUUACAGAGAUAGCUGAUAGGCGAAAUGUGAUUUCCAAAGGCUUUUAUAUGGUACAGAACAUCAAACCACAGCCUCCUUUCAAUCUGACUGCUGUGUUCGCAGAGGGUUAUAAUAUUUCUUGGGAAACCAUCUACCAGAACUCUUUCUACUUUUUGAAUGAAGAGCUGGAAUAUCAGCUGCGUUAUAAGAGAAGAACUGACACCUGGGAGAGUCAGAAGACUAAAUCUGUUCAUGAAGAUAAACGGACACUGGUGAUCCUGCCACAGGAACUUCAGGGGAACACUGAGUAUGAGUUCCAAGUGAGAGCCAGACCCCGAGAAGAUACUGGCUACAGUGGAUUUUGGAGUGAAUGGAGUUCCCCGCUGACACUGAAAACCAACCCUACUGCAGUGACACAGACAGCAGGCAUGGGAUGGAUGCUGUUGUUUGUUGUUGUCCUGGUGAUCACUGCCUCAAUCACAGCUUUUCUGGCCAAACAUCAGAGCUUGUGGAAGAAGAUGGCUUGCAUCCCAGACCCAGCUCCUUUUUUCAAACCACUUUACCUGGUGCAUAAUGGAGAUUUCAAGAUACUGUCUGGAAUGGGACAAGAUGUGCAGCAGCUGGGCCUUCACCUGUGCAUUACUGCUGUGCUACUCCUUGGUGGAGGGCAAGGCAGAGAGUUCCCUGGCAGUCUGAGCUGCCUGAAUAACUAUGUGACUACUGUGAACUGCGUGUGGGCAAUGGAGGAGCCUGUGGGCGAUGGACCUUUCUACCUGCACUUCACAAACCUCUGGUCAAAGGGUCAAAACGCCAGCUGCCAACUGACUGCCAGAGACAGCAUGCAGAAUCAGUAUCGUUGCACAAUCCACUUAGCCAGCCAGAUCUUGGAAACAGAUGGUUAUAGAGUCUCUCUCCAAGGCAACUUCUUUGGGAGUAAUCAUACAUACAUUACCUUUCCAGAAUACAAUCCCAGCAAGCACAUAAAGCUUGAUCCACCUUUGAACAUCCAGAGCAACAUUACUGCAAGCAAGUGUCAGAUAUGGUGGAGUGUGCCUUGGUACCUCGUUGAAAUUCUUCAAUACGAGUUGCAGUACAAGGAGUACGGCGUGUCAUGGGAGUUUGCAUUGAACAAGACACCACCCAGUUCACUACCACAAAUAGAAAUUGAAGGCACAGAGUUUCACAGUGGUAUCUCUUACAUUGCACGAGUUCGCUGCAAAGUUUCUGAAAAUGAGGAUUCAUACCAUAGUCAGUGGAGCGAGUGGAGCCAGACAACAGUGUUUCAAAGAGCAGGUGUACCAGAAGUGUCUGAAAAGCUCUUUAAUUCCAGAACUUUGCAGUUCUUGUUCAUUCCUCUAAGUUUUGGCACCCUACUCUAUUUAUUUUGGAACCGCAAGCUUUCUUCAAGGGCAAAAAGCCUCUCCUGCUUUAACAUUCCCACACCAGCUGCUUUCUUUCAGCCACUCUAUAAUUUGCAUAAUGGGAAUUUUAAGGACUGGGUUGGACCUAAUGAAGCUUGGAAUCAACUCAGAAGAGAAGAGGCAAGCAACUCAAACAAAGUGACUACAGAUGGAGUUUCUGAGCUAAACACCCAGGAACUGAUUUCCCAGAUUUCCUUGAAACCUGUGGAAAGCACAAAUCUUGUUGCUGCAGAAGAAAUGUUUGCCUCUGGUCCAAGCCAGCAGUAUGUCCCCAGCAGGUAUGUGAGAGCAGAAGAGAUGGAAGUGAAGCUGGCACUAUUCUUAGCACAAAACCAUGCUGAUGAUACAGUUGGCCUGAAAAUUUCUGAAAUAAUUAAAGCCAACCUUGACAGAUCUGGCAUGGGAAGGAGUUAUCCUUCUCACUUACAGCAUGGAAAGGGUAACUUCCUUAUGCUUCAGGAAUCUUUGGAGAUGGCAAAUGUGUCCUUCAGCAAUAGUGACUAUUGCACCUUGUGUGACAAUGAUACCACAGGAGGUUUGAUUGCUGCUGAACUACUGAAGCUCUCUGAUGGCAAUGGUCUGGUCAAACAUCAGAAUGAUCAGAAUGGCCUUCCUUGAGGAAUGCUGCCCACAAAGAUCUUUUGCUGCCCUCUCAUCUCACAACACUGUCUUCCCAAAUGGCUUAAAUGGUGACUGUGCAGACAACUACAAUCAUGUAUCAUUCUUAACUAAUCUUUAAUUUUUCUACUUCAAGAAAAGAUUGUGACCCACUCCUCUGGCUAGCAAAUAAUAUCCCUGGCAUGGCCAGGACUGAACACAGCAAAAUCUGCCGUCUCAGGAGACACAUGACCAUGCCUUUCCCCAGAUUAAACUCCUGGCAGCCACAGAAGUCCAGCAAUCCUCUAGUCUGAUGCAGCAGCAGACCUGCUAUUUUUCCCCAGAAAGAGCCAUUGUAAUUGCAUGCAAGAUGACGAUUUCCAAACUUCAUUGUGAGACAGCUGCUCUGCUCUCAGCACAUAGUUCUUUCCUCACUGUAAUUCAGAUUAACUCAACAUUUACUGUAGCCUGAAAACUAAUGCCUGCUGGACUGAGAAGCAGCAAUA